UACAUUGCUAGGCAGUUCUCAGAAACCUCGACAGAUGUCUCAUGAAACCUUUCCAAUAGUGCCAUCUACUCGUGGUUGUGUGUUUUGCCUCCACAACGUGAAACGAACCAGCGGAUUUUGAAUUUUAAGACAUUGAAGUUCGUCUCAAAUCGCAUAAAAUGUACACACAUUUGGGAAAUUUUGAACUUGGAAUGUCAGCAGUCUCUAGGCUUACCAAAUUGACGACUAGAUAUCAUGGUAUGUUUUCUAAAUAUCGCGCCAGAAUCUAGAAAAUUCUGUAUGAACUAGCCAAUCAGAAACUGAGCUCCAACCAUGCGCCUUAAAGAACCGGAUCGAUACUCCCAUUGGUCGGUGAAACAGUGUAAGAAACAUCUACGAAGUGUUAGAAUGUUCUGGCAGGAUCGGCUGAUGUAAUAGAUGUUGUUUAAGAGGAAACGCGUAUUUCGACGUAUAUAAGGCGAACCACGUAUAAAUACUGGGAGAGACACAUGUAGUCAGGUAUUACCGGAACACACAAGUGUUGAUAUUUAUAUAGAACAGACGUGUUGACAUCGGACCUGUAUUGUCAAGAAAACGUAACUGGUACAGUUUGUUAAUAAUCGCAGCAACCAUGCUUCGUCACUGCAAGAGGUUAGUCCCAAUGGUGCCGUUGCGGCGAUUUGUACUUCAUCAGCAGAAUCCGUGUAAUAGGCCUACAGUGCGCAGCUUGUGGAGCCCGCAUCGCCGUUCGGAUUUCGGAUCCGUGUUUCGAGAUUUGGACCGUACAUUUGAGAGGCUGGAGCGGGAUUUUAUCGAGCACUUUCCGUUCCGUCGAUUUUUUCCUCGAUCGAUCCCCAUCCAAGGCGUCGUGCAGAGUGGUGACCUGUACCGUAUCAACAUAGAUGUCGACGGCUUCAAACCUGAGGAAAUCAGUAUCUCCUUGAAAGAAAACAUAAUCACCAUUCAGGCAAAAAUGGAGAGGAAGGCCGAGGACGGCAACAAGUUGCAGCAGGAGUUCACACGUGAGAUGUCCUUGCCGGAUAAUGUGGACCUCUCCUCCUUGAAAACAUUCUUGGGAAUUGACGGAGUCCUGAACAUCGAGGCAUCGUACAAGCCAGACGUCAAACCGAAAGAAAUACCAGUGAGUCGGAGCUAGACGAAAUUGCGAAUUUCAAGGAAAGUGCAUGUGCUGGAAAUUUAGUGACUGUCGUAUCAUUUAAUAAUCCCUUUGUUAGAAAAUGUGUGGAAUUCUAUAUAACAGUUUUUCUAGACUUUAUUGUGCAUUUCUGUAAUUACAGUGCGCGUUAAUCUGGGGGUUAGUAUAUACUUCAGAAACAAGUCGUGGAACUCUUUCACAAGUUGCAAUAGAAAUGUGUAACUGAGCUGUUUGGAAUUAUUUGAUUGAUUUUCUAAGCUGCUGUUAUUAUCUAGAUCAUAUAAUCCGGUAUACUGAAAAGAAUGCGAUGUUUUGGAAACAGAGACUGGCAAAGUUCACAGUUGAACAGGUGUAAAGUAGAGUAAAUUAAGUGAUUGGUACUGGAAUAAUGCAGCACUUUCUUCGGAUGAUUAUUAUGCUGUUACGCAGGGUUUCAGAAUAGUAACCUGAUGGUCAUUCCACUGUGCAUGAUUUACUGUAACACGUGUUAGAUGUAACAAAUUACAGUAAAGUGAGUGAUUGAGUCUGGGGUCUGCGUAUGUUAUGAAGUAGCACAGAAUUACUUUGUACAAAUUUAGUUUUCUUGUUUUGCAGUGGAAGUUCAGACUGAGAGACUGAUAUUGUUAAUUGGUUUGUAUUUUGUAAUACGUAAAACAUGAGUAUUAAUGGAAAGAGAUUGAAGUAAAAUAAUACUUUUAUGUCA